CCGCAUGAUGCCAAAAUGAUUUCAUUCAAAUAUCAGCACUUAAGAUAUCCCUUAGCAGACAUUUGAAAACCCACUUUCCAUAUAUUACGGCGAUAGAGAAGUACUUGCUUAAAUUUAUUACAGUUUUUGAGAUACUUUGCUCAGUAAGUGUGAAGAUGUUUUCCUGCAUUUGGAAAAAACAAAAGAAAAGCCCUCCAGGGGAUGUACGCUCUGGAGAUGGUGAUAGCGCAAGUCUGCAGAAGAGGCUACAGAGAGAGGCAUGGUCUCCCAUUUCCACCACAACCCCUGAUACCAGCGAGGCUCCCAGGACUAGAAAAACCUCCUUCUGGCAACGCUGGUCUCUUCAUAACAAGAAAAGCCCUCCAGGGGAUGUAUGCUCUGGAGAUGGUGAUAGCGCAAGUCUGCAGAAGAGGCUACAGAGAGAGGCAUGGUCUCCCAUUUCCACCACAACCCCUGAUACCAGCGAGGCUCCCAGGACUAGAAAAACCUCCUUCUGGCAACGCUGGUCUCUUCAUAACAAGAAAAGCCCUCCAGGGGAUGUACGCUCUGGAGAUGGUGAUAGCGCAAGUCUGCAGAAGAGGCUACAGAGAGAGGCAUGGUCUCCCAUUUCCACCACAACCCCUGAUACCAGCGAGGCUCCCAGGACUAGAAAAACCUCCUUCUGGCAACGCUGGUCUCUUCAUAACAAGAAAAGCCCUCCAGGGGAUGUACGCUCUGGAGAUGGUGAUAGCGCAAGUCUGCAGAAGAGGCUACAGAGAGAGGCAUGGUCUCCCAUUUCCACCACAACCCCUGAUACCAGCGAGGCUCCCAGGACUAGAAAAACCUCCUUCUGGCAACGCUGGUCUCUUCAUAACAAGAAAAGCCCUCCAGGGGAUGUACGCUCUGGAGAUGGUGAUAGCACAAGUCUGCAGAAGAGGCUACAGAGAGAGGCAUGGUCUCCCAUUUCCACCACAACCCCUGAUACCAGCGAGGCUCCCAGGACUAGAAAAACCUCCUUCUGGCAACGCUGGUCUCUUCAUAACAAGAUAAGCCCUCAAAGUGAUGUACGCUCUGGGAAUGGCGAAAGCUUAAGUCUUCAGAAGAGCCAGCAGACAGAAGCACCCUCUCCUUCUACCAUCACAACCAGCGAGGCUCCUAGAACUAGAAAAACCUCCUUCUGGAAUUGUUGGCGUCUUCUUAACAAGAAAAAGCAGAGCCAUCUCCAACAAGAUGUGGACGCUGUCACAAUCCAUUCACCCUCAGUGACAGAAAUGAGUUGUUGCACAAGUGAGAAGUCUCAGGGAGUAGAGACUGGUGUCGAGUUCAGGGCCUCACCUGUUCUUGACAGUCCUGUCUCUGCUCACCAUGAGCCACAUCUCCAAGCAGUCCAACAAUGCUCCACCACUAUACAAUGCACUGGUGAUUUUGGGGAUGUUGAAGAUGGAGGACUGGAUGGUUCUCCUGCAUCUUCCAGAGAAGGAGACUCCCACACUGGCCAGAACAGCAGAGUGGAAGAGACUGUCUUGUCCUCUACUGCCACAGCACAGAUCAUAAACAACCAAGAGGACUGCAAAGAAAGCGAGGCUGAUGUCCAAGACAACAUCCAACCUGCGUCUGAAAGUCAAGACAAGACUCCCGAGAAAGAAUGCCCUUGAAGAGCUAACGCACCUGCCAUCAGGGCUUGCAAAAUGAUUCACAUUUCUUUAACUUUUCCACAUAUAGUCACAUUACAACCAAAAAUACAAAUACAUUUUAUUGGAGUCUUAUGUGAAAGACAAAGUGGUAUACAACUGUGAUGUAGCAAGAAACUAAUACAUGGUCUCUUUUUUUAACAA